UUCCGCACCGUGACUUCAACCAAGUCAAGUGAUUUUUGAAGUUUAUUGAAGUUACAAAGGUCUAGGAGGGGCAGCGUUCAUUUUUUUAAUCAUAUAUGUUUAGAAAAUGCACUUUUGAAAGCUUUAAUAUUUGCAAAUUCAAAGGGAGAAGUUAUUUUUCAUGUGUGAUGUAGCCGCUAUGUGAACAGUCCAAGUUGAAAAAUGUCUCGUGUUCACAUCAAUAAGCACUUCAGUUGGUCCAUUCUCCGACAAUUGAAGAGUAACCGUGGUUUCAAUAUUUGCCGAUUUAUCUACAGCAAAACUGGAAAUUGGGAUGCAUCUGAAUUUACACCUGAAGUCAGAGCUGAUAUAGAAAAGCAUUGGAUACCUCUUCUACAGAAAAACAACAAUGAAAGAUGCUUCAACAGACCUCAGAACACCAAGGAGAAGUUCUACGUGUUGUCCAUGUUUCCCUAUCCCAGUGGUAAGCUCCACAUGGGUCACGUCAGGGUGUACAGUAUCAGUGACGUCAUCGCUCGUUUUCAUCGCUUGACUGGCAAAGAUGUCAUUCAUCCUAUGGGCUGGGAUGCUUUUGGUUUACCUGCUGAAAAUGCAGCUAUUGAUCAUGGGGAACUUCCAGAAGUGUGGACUAGAAGAAACAUUACUGCCAUGAGAAAACAGCUUGAUGACAUGUGCUUCAGCUUUGAUUGGAAUACAGAAUAUGCCACUUGUGAUCCGGAAUACUAUAAAUGGACACAGUUCAUAUUCCUUAAAAUGUUUGAAGCUGGGCUGAUAGAACAGAGAAAAGAAAUUGUGAAUUGGGACCCUGUGGAUGAAACUGUUUUAGCCAAUGAGCAGAUAGAUGAGAAAGGUUGUUCCUGGAGGUCAGGGGCCAAAGUUCAAAAGAUUUACCUUAAACAGUGGUUCAUUAAAACCAAAGCAUAUGCAAAGCCACUGUUAGAUGGAUUGUCCGAGGUAGAUGAUAAUUUAUGGAAAGAAGUUAAAAAAUUACAGAAACGUUGGAUUGGGGACUGCAAUGGAACAAGGAUUGACUUCAAAUUAAGGUGUGAUGGUGUUGAGUGGGAGGAGCCUGUAUCAGUGUUUACGAUGACCCCUGAGUGUCUGUAUGGAGUGUCCCAUAUAGCUCUCCCCACCCAUCACAGGCUUAAUGAGCAGAAAUAUUACAAGUUUCCAGACAAGAAAGAUUCAAAAGAGAUUUUAUUAAAUGUGGAGGCUGUUCAUCCCCUGACAGGAGAUGCUGUCCCUAUCAUUGUGUCUCCGGGUGUACCAAAUAUUCCUUAUACCCCAGACAAUGAACACUUAGCCAUUCCCAGCAUUAAUGAAGAAGACAAAUCAACAGCUGACAAAAUGGGCUUUACCUAUGCUGAGGUUGUGGAAGAUAAUCGUAUUGUGAACUCAGGACAGUUUUCUGGACUUAGUAGGGAAGAGGCCCAUGAAAAAAUAUUGGAUUAUGCAAAAGAGAAGAAGAUCGGAGGUUUUCUGAUGAGUUUGGACUCUAAAGACUGGCUGAUUUCCAGACAGAGAUACUGGGGUACACCCAUUCCCAUAAUCCACUGCCCCAAUUGUAAGGCAAUACCUGUUCCCCUGGAAGAUCUGCCAGUAAAACUUCCAUCCAUUGCAAAAUUCACAGGGAAAUCUUCACCAUUAAAAGAAAGCACUGAUUGGCUGAAUGUAUCUUGUCCAAAAUGUGGUUCCCCUGCUGAGAGGGAGACGGACACUAUGGACACGUUUGUGGAUUCCUCCUGGUACUUCCUGCGCUAUCUGGACGCCCACAACACAGAGGCACCCUACUCACCAGAUAAAGUCAACAAGUACAUGCCAGUUGAUCUGUAUAUAGGAGGAAAAGAACAUGCAAUCCUACACCUGUAUUUUGCCCGAUUUUUCAAUCACUUCUUAUGUGACUAUGGGAGACUGACACACAGAGAACCAUUUGUCAAUCUCCUGACUCAGGGCAUGGUCAUGGGUCAAUCGUUCAGUGUCAAGUCAAGUGGAAAAUAUCUUAGAAAAGAACAGGUGGACUUCUCAGGUGAGAAACCAGUAGAGAAGGGAACAGGAGAGGAAGUUAUUGUACAGUGGGAGAAGAUGAGUAAAUCUAAAUACAACGGGGUGGAUCCACAAGAUGUUAUAGACCAGUUUGGUGUGGAUGCCACCAGGUUGGCCAUUUUAGGAACCGUCUCUCCAAGAUCAGACAGGGAGUGGUCAAAUCAAGCCUUUGUUAACGUCACCCGCUGGCAGACUCGAGUCUGGAACACCAUUACUAAGUACAUACAACUGUCUACUGAUCCUGUUUCUACAGAGGUGGAUCCUAAUAAAUUGACAGAGAUUGAUGAUGCACUCUUCCAACACAGAAAUCACCUGAUUCAUGAGGUGACAAUAUCAUUGGAGACACUUUUUAACACCAGUAUUGUAAUGACUCUUCUCUUUGACUUCAUGAAGAAAAUUAAGGUAGUGCCAGAUGAAGCUAAACAUGUAAGCAGAGAGUAUGAGAAAUGUUUGGCUGACAUGAUCAUUAUCAUUGCCCCAUUUGCCCCUAGUUAUGCCGAGGAGCUGUGGGCAGGGCUUAGCAGUGUGGCCAGGGGCACAGGGUAUUUAUGGCAUCAAAGUGUGUUUGACCAAAAAUGGCCGUCAGUUGAUUCCAACAUGCUGAUAAAAGUGAAACUGACACAGAAUAAGGGAAAGCCCACUGGAGAAAUCAUAAUAAAACUAAAAGAAUAUGGCUGUCUGGAUGAGAAGGAAAUAUUAGAACUGUGUUUAAAAGACAAGAAAUUCCAAAGAUCUGUUGGAAACUCAUAUACAGGAUUUCAAUGGAGUAGGAAUGAGUUCCUACAACCUGUGAUAGAUUUUACUGUACCAAGACGAGUGGACUCAAAGAAAAAGGAUAAGGGAAAAAAGAGUGAAAAACGAACUAGCUGAUAAAAUGUCAGAGCAAAAAUCUGAAUUUUUUUUGGUUGUCUGAGUAACUAAGGUGACCAUUGUCUUUGCUAGUGAGGAUUUUGAUCAACUCCACAUCUCUUUCAAAAAGAGUAGAGUGGAUUGAAACCCUUGAGAUGAGAUGACCUAUUGCAUUUUAAAAUAUUUUUUGAGAAUGAUUAAAAAUAAAUAAUGCCA